AUGAAGGACCACUGUGAAGAGAAGCUAGACGGGCGCCGAGGCUCAACUCCAGCCGUAGAGGGCGCUGUUCCGAUUUCCCGCGGCAGGAAGCGGAGUCUCCCAUCCCUUUUGCGCGUGCGCUACAAGGAAACGUCAUAUCCGGCUCUGCGCGCUCUUCGCCGGAGCGAGGAUCCCAUCUUGGAUAGACAGCCGGCCGUCACCGGGAAGUCCUAUCCCUUGGUGACCUGGGACCGCAGCAUAAGCCUCGAACUCCAUCUCAAUGGCCCCUCCUACGUGCUCCGGAAGACCAUGUCUUCCCAGAGGUCCAAGGACCUGCAGAAGUACAGCAUCCGCUCCAUGCCCAUCCGCAAGGACGACGAGGUCCAGGUGGUUAUCACCGGGCUGGAACCAAAAACAGGAAAAUAAUUCUUGAAUGCAAAGCCAAGUCUCCGCAAGUUAGGAAAGAAAAAGGCCAAUGUAAGGAGCUCACUGACAAUGCAAACGUGAACACAAGCUGUCAUGCAGCCACAGCUAACUGCAGCGGGAAUCUCGUGCCAGCCUCUUCGGAGCUUUUCAAAGCGUGCCUGAUAUUGUCUCUUUUUCCACCUGUUUUGCUACUGACCUAUCAUUCUGUAAAUCUCCUUUUGCAGUUUUGAUAAUUUAUGAAUAAAAACUGGAACCAUUUCCUAA